AUGCGCGCCGUCAGCAUCUCCACCUGUAUCACCGCCUCCAACAUUGACGACGACCUUUGCGGUCUCGUCAACCCCGUCUCCGUCCCCGACAUCCAACCCCCCCGCCACAUCCUGAACGCCAUCCCACCCACAGACCCAGCCGGCCUACUUCAAUUCAACGCCCGCCAUGCCUCGCACCACCUCUCCUCAGCCACCAAGCUCUUGCACCACGCGGACCGCCUAGCGUCGCUCGCUGCGGGAUUUGGCGCCCCUCCCCCGAGGCAGUACUAUGCCGCUCGGCUGGAGGGGUGGCAGUAUCUCGUCAAGGCGCGGGCUCUUAUGAGGGUCGCGACGCAUCUUAAUGACAACCUGGACGACUUGGAGCUUAGGGACGACAGGGGGAUCGUGGUGGGGGCGGCAAAGCGGAGAUACCUCCGCCGUAGGGUUGGGGUGGUCAAUGAGAUUCUGGAGGAGAAGAUUGCUGAUUUUAACAAGGUGUAA